AUAAUUCGUUUUAGGCCAUCGCCAAAGAAACCGUUACCAGCGUGGUCUAUUUUUAAUAAAAAUAAAUUGCCGAAAAACGGAAUUAAUAAUAGCGAAAAAAACCAGCGAAAACCUGACAACCGAAUUAAAGCUAAAAAACCCAAAAUCAAUUACAAAAUCGAAAAAUUCGACCUUAUAUUUUUAAUGCGAAUUAUUGGGUUUACCACGGGAUCGCGCGAAACCCCGUCCUUACUUUACAAAUCCCACCGGUAA